AGGGCAAAAGAAUCAUGACCUUAAAACAUCAAAAGAUAUCUCUCUGGAAUCAUCCAGAUUUCUUCACCCUCCAAGAACUCUCUAGAAUCCAACUCAGUCUCUCGUCCUGAGAAGCGAGAACCCUUUGUCUCUUAAGCCUGCUACAAGUAAAGAAGGGACAUGUUACACAUAACACCUGCAAACCUGUCAUUUUCUUCAGUCGUUAACAACUAUAAGUGCUCGCAUUGCUAGACUUAUCUAAAUCUCCCAUUUUGUUGUUGUUUCGCUUCUGUUUAUAUUUCUGUGAAGCCAAUGGAUGAGGAUUUCGAUAUCCCACCAGCUGAUGAGAUGAACGAUGACAUGGAUCUUCCGGACGAAAACCCGAUUUUCAAAGUUGGAGAAGAGAAAGAAAUUGGGAAGCAAGGAUUGAAGAAGAAACUUGUCAAGGAAGGUGAAGGUUGGGAUACACCGGAGAAUGAUGACGAAGUUGAAGUUCAUUAUACUGGAACCUUGCUUGAUGGAACCCAGUUUGAUUCAAGCAGAGUUAAGGGGACGCCAUUCAAAUUUACGCUUGGCCAAGGUCAAGUGAUCAAGGGAUGGGAUCAAGGAAUCAAGACAAUGAAGAAGGGUGAGAAUGCCAUCUUUACCAUUCCUCCAGAGCUGGCUUAUGGUGAAUUAGGUUCCCCUCCAACUAUUCCUCCUAAUGCAACUCUACAGUUUGAUGUUGAGCUGCUGUCUUGGGUUAGCGUGAAGGAUAUAUGUAAGGAUGGAAGCAUUUUCAAGAAAAUACUUGCUGAAGGAGAGAAAUGGGAGAACCCAAGAGACCCAGAUGAAGUGCUAGUGAAGUACGAAGCACGACUUGAUGAUGGAACUCUGGUUUCAAAGUCUGAUGGAGUGGAAUUUACUGUCCGAGAAGGGUAUUUCUGUCCUGCAUUGUCCAAAGCUGUGAAAACAAUGAAGAAGGGAGAAAAGGUGCUAUUGGAAGUGAAGCCACAAUAUGCAUUUGGAGAGAAGGGAAAGCUAGCCUACGGUGAAGAAUAUGCUGUUCCACCGAAUGCCAAUCUCCAGAUAACUCUCGAGUUGGUAAGUUGGAAGACAGUUAAAGAAGUAACGGAUGAUAGGAAAGUAUUGAAGAAGAUCCUCAAGGAAGGAGAAGGCUAUGAGCGCCCUAAUGAUGGGACCCUUGUCAAAGUGAAGUUGAUUGGGAAAUUACAAGAUGGAACAGUAUUUUUGAAGAAGGGCCAUGAUGAGGAAGAGCUUUUUGAGUUCAAAACUGAUGAUGAACAAGUUAUUGAUGGGCUUGACAGAGCUGUUAUGACCAUGAAGAAAGGGGAGGUUGCUCUGGUGAUAGUUGCACCAGAGUAUGCUUUUGGGUCGACUGAAUCACAACAGGGACUUGCUGUGGUUCCUCCCAACUCUACUGUGUAUUAUGAAGUUGAGCUUGAAUCCUUUGUUAAGGAGAAGGAAUCUUGGGAUAUGAACACCCAGGAGAAGAUCGAAGCGGCUGGCAAAAAGAAGGAAGAUGGAAAUGCACUGUUCAAGGCGGGUAAAUACGCCAGAGCCUCAAAGAAAUAUGAGAAGGCUGCAAAGUACAUUGAGUAUGAUAGCAGCUUUAGUGAGGAGGAGAAAAAACAAGCCAAGGCAUUGAAUGCAACUUGUAAUCUCAACAAUGCAGCUUGCAAGCUUAAGCUGAAAGAUUAUAAGGAAGCAGAAAAGUUAUGCACUAAGGUAUUGGAUAUUGAGAGUGGAAAUGUUAAGGCCCUCUACAGGCGUGCCCAAGCAUAUAUCCAAAUGGCAGAUCUGGAAUUGGCAGAGUUAGAUAUCAAAAAGGCUCUUGAAAUUGAUCCCAAUAACAGGGAUGUGAAGUUGGAGUACAAGGUUCUUAAGGAGAAGGUAAAAGAGUACAAUAAGAAGGAUGCCAAGUUCUAUGGCAAUAUGUUUGCAAGGAUGAGUAAGCUAGAGCAGCCCCAAGCAAAUCAGCAGUGAAGCAAGAGCCCGAGGCCAGCCUAAGGCGGUGAGUGUUGACAGAAAAGCUUAUAGAUGUUGAUGACAAACAGUUGGGGUGUGGAGGAGGGAACUCAGUGGAUUUUCAUAGCGCCAUGGUUUUGUUUUUUCUUAACUUUUUUUGGUUUUUUGCCCCCAUUUUUUUGAAAUGUGAAAUGUGGUUUAUUGGGUUCUUGAUGAAUGAAAGGACUGUUUUGAGUGGAGACAAGUCUGUUGAGGAUGAUCCAAAGUUGACGGUUGAACUGGCAAUUACUCUCUAACUGGUUGAGGAUGAUCCAAUGUUGAAAGUUGAAGUGGCUAUUACUCUCUAA